CACUGUGCUUAUAGUUGCACAUGCUUGAAAUCUUUUUUAUAAUUUUAAAAGUGAGAAAAGACCAGACCAAAGUAAAAAAUGGGAACAUAAAUAGUGCCUGUGAAAUGUUUUAAUCAAGAAAGAAAGGAGUUUAAAAAAAGUUAACCUUAGCAGCGGCCGAAAUCCAAAAAUCACAGACGUCUGGGCUCACGUUGUGUGUGUGUGAAUCAAUUCAAUUUUCUUGUGACAUUUUCAUGGAGAACUGGGCAAAAGGCUAGAAAUUUUCACUUGUAGCAACGCCAAUAGAUCCCAGGAUGGAUAGCAAGGGACAGGAGCUUGGCAUUAUGGGUCCACCACCGGCAAUGGCGCAUUCCAGCAACAGCAGCAGAACCGAUGCUCCUCCGCUACCAGCGUCAACGCCUUCGCCGUCGAAUGCCAGAACUGCAGCACCGCCCAGGCGAAUAAUCAAGACGAUCAAUCUGGAUUUUAAAAAGCUUAAGGAAGCUGGUCUUGACCGGAAGCUGGCGGAGGUGCUAAGCAAGCAGAGUCCAGGUGCAAGGGCGGGAAUAACACACUUGCCCAGUAGUAGCAGUACAUCCUCUGUCGCUGCGCAGUCUACGACGACGUCGGCAACGGCGUCGGCCACGACAGCGACGUCUGCAGCAGCAGCAUCAAGCGCAUUGCACUCGGAACAGCAACAAUUUCAUCAGCCUGCAUUACCGCCGACCGCAGUGAAAGGAAUAAAGAUCUCAGAGAGCAUGGAAAAGACGGUGCCCAUUCAAACUCCGCCGUUGACCACGACGUCCUCCGACCAGGAGCGAUCGAUGCACGUGAAGGCUUUGUUAAAAAAUAGGAUUCUUAACAAGAGCAUGAUCAAUUCCUCCCAAAACCAGAAGCAGAAGUCAAUGCCAGCACCAAAAGCCCCGCCAACAGCUGCCCAGGGUUCUGCUCCUCGAAGCGCAGGUAGCAGCAAAUCUUCUCCUGCUGCUAGUACUAGUGGAUCUUUCUCAAUUCCCAAGGCCGAUCUGACCGUGCGACCAAAGCACCCACCAUUAUUGCUUAAUUUGGUUAAUCAAUUGCCCAAACAUCGGACAAUGUGUGUGACCACCGAUGACAUACAGUUGAGGAACCAGCAGGAGCUGCUUCAGCAAAAGGCUUUUGAAAAGCAUCCGCCUCCUCAGCAGAAACCGUCACACUCUCAGCCACAAUCUACGAAUAUUUUUACACCGAAAUCUUCACAAGAUGCACCACAUGUUCCCAUACAAAAUUCGCUACAAAAUCAAGCACAAUCUUCGCAUAUUUCUAUGCAGAAGUCCCCGCAAAAACCACUACAUAUUCCUAUACAAAAUCCGCCGCAGGCUCCAUUACCAGCUGCUUCAGCAAAUCAAUUGAUUUCGCCUCCUCCAGAAGUUCCAAUAAUCUCCCAGAAAAGUCCGUCGCCACCACCUCUGAUUGUGCUGGAAAACAAGGUACUGGCACCCAAUGAGAAGAUCGACUUGAGUAACCUGGGAUUGCCGAGCAGUACUAGUAUAGUGACCAAGUCACAACCCGCUGCCCAGGCAAUCAUUAAAGGCGGCAGGGUAAUAAUGAAUGCCAGUAAGUUUAAGGUGCCGCAGCAAAAGCUAGCCGAGAUGGCCCAACAAAUUCGUAAUCAGGCGCAGCACGUAAAACUGGAUAUACAACAGGAAGAAGCAGUACUUUCUCCACAAAUCGAUUCUUCCAAUGCAUCCUUAGAAAGAAGCAUUACUAUAACUACAGAAGUGAAUCCUAAACAGCAGCCUGGUUUUACUCAAUCCACUGGUGAAGCCAAUGAAUUGCCCAUCUUGACACGUUCCGAAUUAAAUGAAUCAGAAAAUUCUAUGUCGGUGACUUAUGCUUCAGAUAAAGUUAAUAUUAAUACUGCUGAACCAUUGGAUCAAGGAAUGCAAAGUCAAGAAACCACUGAAUCCAGCUUUAUUGACAUUCCUGUGAAUAGUGCUAAACCGGAGGCACCUAAAGUAGUGAUGAGCACAGAGACAAGCUUUCUGGACUUGCCCAUACAUAUUUCUACUGAUAGUACACCGAAGAAGUUAGAUAAAUCGCCAGAUUCUGAGCAAGAACCCUUACCAGCACCAGAGAAAGCUAAGAAUACUUCCACUUCAUCAAAAGAGAUCCCUGAAUUAACAAUGAAUGUAUCAUCACCAGUUUCAAAAGUCCAAUCCGCAGUGGAUUUUAUAGCGCAACUUACAGCAGAGAAUCCUUUAGACGAAAGCAGCUUCAUGGAUCUUUCGCCGGAAGAACAACGCUUGAACGCUCUGUUUGGUGGCGCCGGAGGAUGCUCUUUUACUGGAGUGUUGCCUGAAAAAACAGAAAGUGAGAAGGGGCUGCCAGAGGAUGGAGAUUCUUUGACUGCCACGGAGACUUCUUCCAAGAAGCUACCAAGUGUCGAAGAGAAACUGGCAGAGGAGGAGGAAUUACCUAUUGGAAAGAUAAUGAAAAUGGAUGAUAUGGAUAUACUCCAUGCCACUUUGGAUGUGAGUAGCGAUAGUACCAACAUACUACGAAUCAGUCCAAAUGCAAUUAAGUUGAACAGCAGUGUAGAUAAGUCAAUUAUAGAGUUACCAGCGGUAACCACUGCAGAGGUUGCUAUCAUGAAAACUGGCGCGGAAUCCUUAGUAAAUGCAACUUCAAUUGAAAAUCAUAAAAGUGAGCAACCAUCAGAGCCUGAUAUGUCAUCAAAUCCAGUGACUGAUUCGGAACCUGCUAAGGAGGUUAAUCCUCCAGCAAAGCGAGUCCCCCUAAGAUCUAAGAAGGCCAAAAUCAAUUUAGUGCAGCGCAAUAAAAGGCCCAGCAUCCCAAACAAGCCCUUGGAGGCAAAGAAAACAAAACUAGAUGACGUCGAGCCAAGCGAUGCGGAGGCGACAUCGACAAUUAUCGAUCACAGUUUGCUGGAGGAGAAUCGUCUUAGUGCUGGGAUCGAGGUGCCAGCUGACGAGGAGCAGGGUGCUGGAAAGUUAAGAAAAGGUGAUGAGCAGCAAGAAGUCAGCCAGUCUAAAGAAAAUAAGGAACAAGGAUCAAGUGAGUCUAAAGAUGAUAAAAAUGCAGCAAAAUCCUCCAUAGAACGUGACCUAACCCAGUUGUAUCAUCCACCUAAAAUGCCUAAAACAAAGACAAGUAAAAAGAAUAGUAAACAAGAAGCCCUGGAGCACUCAGAACAAUCAGCAGGAGCCUCAGUCUCCCUAAUUGAAAUUCUCUCACAGGAACAACCGCCACCACAGGGCGAUGCCAAGCUUCCAUUCCGAAAGGAGACGCCCGCAGAAAUUAAUACACCGGAAUCCACUGGAAUUCAGAAUUUAAUGACACACCUGACAGCUGAGAAAGUAACACCACAUACCAAGAAGAAGGUAUCGUCAACUCCGCCCGGUUCUGAGGAAACAACGAAGGGGAUGCCACGUAAGAAACGGAUGAAAACACGGCCUGUUCUCAGCAAACGAAACUCAGGAAAGAAGCAGGAAGAAAUUUCCCCAGAAUUUCUCCAUCCCGUAUGUGAGAGUGGUGCAGGAGGUCGCAUUCCCACCUCGAGCACCAGUGACGAUGAUGGUACCGUAUUCCUUGGCUUUAACAACAAAGACGAGAAGCGUUCCAAGACUCCAGUGCGCAGCAAGCGAGUGCGGCAAAUGAGGAUAAAUGAAACCGACAUCAGCGACGAUGCUACUCCAGACCACGAUGAAACUGAGGAAGAGCACCAGAGGCCAGUGAAUAACGACUUUCGACGCAUAGAUCACGUGUCUGACUCGGAUAGUAGUGAAUGUCCCACGUAUUUCGAGGAUAAUCCAGUUAACAUGGAUGAAACACUAGUAUCAAUUGAAACAGCAAGUUCUGACCAGGUCAAGGGGAAGGAUGUAAAAGGUACACGUAAAGUAUCAAUCUUGGACGAAACAAUUAAACCCGAAAAGGGAAAAGAAGAAGCUCUCAAUGAGCCAGAACAGCCGAAAACUGUGAUAAACAAAAAAGAUUUGACAAUUGAUGACAACAAAUCCAGGAACAGUAGUAAAAAGUCAAGGAAACCUUCUCCCAAGAAGGAUUUGGAUACUAAAGCUAUACAAAAUAAUUCCGAAAAGCCCUCUACAAGUAAAGGGGCUCCACAAACCUGUAAAUCUAAAGCAAAACUACAAUCAAAAGCUGGAUCUCAAGAAUGCUUGACUGCAAAGGAAAGUGUAAAAGGUUCUACAGGAGGAAAGGAGAAAAUUGCAGUAUCAAAUGAAAAUAAGAAAGAGCUAAAAUCUGCGGAGGAGUUAGUAACAUCUGUGAAAUCUAAGGGAAAACGAACAUCUCGCUCUAGUAUUGCAACCCCUUCGAAGCAAGCUGAAACAUACCCGAAAACUGAAACUAAUUCUAAACAAAAGGAAGACGAGCAUAAAAUUAAUGAACGAAAAACCAGCACCUCAUCAAUUUCUGAACCUGUGAUAGAUAAACGAAAAGAAAAGCAACCAAUUGAGUUAGCAAAUUCUGAAAAUUUAAAAGGAAUACGAGCAUCAAGACAUAAACCCAAAUCAGACUCCGCAGCUCCUACAAUAACUGAACUGGCAUCAACUUCUGUUAACCCAAUCGAACCUAUUGAAUCAAGAGCAAGUCGCAAUUCUCGUAGUAGAACACCUAAAGAACCCCUUCCAGCUCAAUCAAUUACCAAAUCAGACGGAAACCAUACAGACACUACACAAGAGGAACCGGAAGAAGUUAAAGUUGCCGAGGAACCAAGUCACAGUAAGAAUUCAGCCAGAUCAGAGCGCCAGUCUCGUAGUAGGAAAUCAAUUAUUGUUCCUCCAUCCGUUGCCAAAGAUGGGCUGAAAAUGGAUGAAGAAAUUAAGAAUAGAGAUUCAAAAAACCCACAGGAUGUUAAGGCUGCAGAAAAUCACAGCACAAAUUUAAAGUCCAAGCGUCAAUCGCGCAGUAAAACGGUUAAAGUGGCAGAUUUAGAUGUUAGUAAAAGCCAGGAGGAGCCUGUAGAGAAAUCAAAUCUAGCUUCAACCUGCAACGAAAAUAAUGUUGAUGUCAUAAAGGAUGAUGAAAAGCCUUCAAGUUCUAUAAAAUCCAAAAACAAAAGGCAGUCUCGAAAUACACAAAAAUCAGUUUCCAAUACAGUUGCUGCUAAUGAGCUAGAACCAACAGCAUCUCUCGCAGAUUCCCAACCCGUAGAGACCGAUGUUGAUGGCGUAGUGCCAAGGGGGACUCGUAGAAGUUCUUCUCGUCUUGAUUCAGUUCCACCGGACACAACAGACGCACCAGUUUCUAAAGAUGAAGAUAUCCCCGCACCUGUUCCCAAAAGAGAAGAAAAAGCAGCGCUGCAAAGCAGCCACCGACCCCGAUGCCGCUGGUCCUUCGACAUCAAAAAGGAAAGAAAGCAAGCUGCUCCUGCCGAUACAGAACCAACUGGGACGUCGAAGAAACAAAAGACUGAAUUAAAGCAAGAUCCUGGUGUUCCUCAAGCCUUCAAUAAACGCUUGCUGCUUAUCCGCCAAAGGGAACAGUUGAAUACUGAUGAGGUUCUAACAGACGAAGGCAAGGGCAAAGGUCCGCUGCAAUGCGGCUUGUGCCUGGCGCGCAGCACCGAAAAAGGUUGGAAAACCCAUCUGGCAGAACACUAUGGAGUGGGUUGGCUUGUGGGCGAGACACCAAAUGUUACACGUGCUUGGGUCUUGAGAAUUAUGAAGAAGUAUAUUGAUGGAAAAGGCGAAAAGUUAACUUGCCGCCUCUGCCAAAGGCAAUUGGGCUCGCACACGGGCAUGCUUGUCCAUCUGGAGAGCUGUGGCAAUAAGCAACGCGUGGAGUGUGACCUAUGCAAGAGAUCCUAUGCCAAACUCUCACUUCCCUUACAUAGGCAAACCUGCACGGGCCAACAGAAGAGAAAAGAUGAAACUGUCAGCACCUUCAAUCUACGUCUGCUGCUCAUCCGGAAACGAGAGCAGUUGGACAGCGAAGAGGUGCUAACGGAAGAAGGCAAGGGCAAGGGUCCGCUGCAAUGUGGUUUGUGCCUGGCACGCACUACCAAACUGAAGUGGCAAAGCCAUUUGGAGGAGCACUAUGGAGUCGGCUGGCUUGUCGGAGAAACACCAAAAAACACCACACGCAACGGGAUAAUGCUAAUGAUGAAAGCUUACCUGGAGGAAUACAAAAAGAAGCUAGUGUGUCGCCUUUGCGAACAUCACUUGGGCAGUGCUUUGGGAAUGAUGCUUCAUCUGGAGACCUGUGGCAACAAGCAGCGUGUGGAGUGCACAAUUUGCCACCGAUCGUACACCAUACUCACACUUCCGGCUCAUUUUCGGGUCUGCUCGAGGCGACAACAGCUUGCAGAGACAUCGAUGGCUCAGGCUGAGCAGAAGAUGGAAGAAGAUUCUGGCGAAAAGGUGUUCAGCAAUGCAGGACGAGCUAAGCGGAAGUCAACAAUCAAAGCUGAAACAAAAUUGAAAAAUAUUGGUGAACACACUUCGGGCAAAAACGAGUUCGAUGGCAGCGAUUCUUCCGAUUACGAUAUGGCAAAUGACAAGGAAUCAUCUGAGGAGUACGAUUCGGAGGGAGUCGACUCCAAUGAGGACUCCAUUACCGCCGAGCAAGAUGGCAGCGAUUGCGACAAGUCUAAGCGCAGUAGAAAAAGACUAGUAAGAAGCGCCCAGGAAAUGUGGGCGAACAUGCAGCAACCUUUAUUCCUACGCGACGAAACCCAAAAGUCUAGUUCGACCCAUAAAUGGCAGAAAUUUUUGCAAAUCAAUUAUUCAGAAAGUCCUUUGUAUUGCCACCUUGUUCCUGGCUACUCUACGCUGUCAAUGGAGGAUGCCCAGGGAUUGUUGCCCUCCAAAGAAACAUCUUCCGUACGCUAUGCUUAUGGUAAUGCAAGCCAAGACUCGGACUGGCAACGAUUGGCCCCGCUUGAAGGUUUCAACAAAGAGGGCGAAUAUGUGGGUUAUCUUGGCGGACCUGUUAGACAGCUCGCCUGGGUACCGUUGCCCACGACGACUACGGAUCAGUAUUUACUAUGUUCCCUGCGAUCCCGGAUGAAAUCCUUUGCACGGCAUACGAAACUGAAGCAGGAAGACGGCUUGUUGAUGCUGCUGAAAUGUACUGAGGGGUCUUCGAGUGACAAGACAUGGUCCGUACGACCAGAGCUUCAUUACGGAAUACGAAUUCCCAAUGGACCGGCUCUAAGCUUCGCUUUCUUGCCCAGCGGUGGUUACGAUCAGGCAACAAAUCGUUUGGGCCUUUUGGCUGUGGCCCAUGCCACGAGUGAUGUCCACAUCUAUGCUUUGCCUCUGGAGCUCAAAGAGGAGGAGAAAUGUGGGGAAAAUGUGGUUAUUCAAUUGGAUGCGGUGAUGACUCUCAGGUUGGAUAUGGAUCAGACGUCUGAUGAAGAUCAGUGCACGAAAAUCUGUUGGUCGGAGGCUGCCGGACACAAUUUCUUGUCAACAGGCUAUGCCAGUGGCCGCAUAGCCUUCUGGGAUAUUGGCGAUACAGAGAGCAUUAAUUGCUUCAGGCGGAAUAACGAUCCAGGUUACACUUUUGUGCCUACAAAUACGCAAUAUUUGGGCGAACGAAAUAUCCAAUUUAUGGAACUGCAUUACGAUAUAAAUGGUAUACGUUGGCUAGCGGUGGGCACUUCAGUACGUAAAUUUCUGGUCUACGAUAUUAUGAACUGGUCGCAACCGACGAUACUGAUGCAGAGCGCCUGGAACAAUAUAUAUUUAGCCACAUUCACUUGGUCCCCUAUUAGCGAAGCGAUAGUAUUAAGUAGUACCCACUACAACUCCCGUGCGAUAUUGCUUAAUCCUGCGGGCACGGAAUUCGAGUCCCGAACACUGGAUAGCACUUUGACGGCGAGUCGUUCCAUGCAUUCGAAUUGCCAGCAGAAUUACACUGUGCUGGUGACGGAUAUGGGCGACCUGGCCUUUCUCGAUGCUAAGGCCAUUACCCGUGGAGUUUAUCAGACCAAGACGAUGAUCAAUCACCGGGCUGUAUCCACCACUAAAUUGCGACAUUUGGGGACUGGAAAGCCAAAUCCAAACAAUGUAAUCAGUGCGGAUGAAUUCCAUAGGGACUAUGGUGUGCAGAUCCAUCCACUGGUCGAAGCGCAUCCGCAAUCUGCCCGUAACUGUCCAUACCUGACGGAGAAGCGUCUUCCCAGUAAUCCGCACUCUCUGGCCCUAACGCGUAACAACUGUGUUCGCUGCAACUGGAAUUCCUCGGCACACUCGUGGGUGGCCGUGGGGGCAGAACAUGGCCUGCUGCGUAUCCUCAAUUUUAAGCGAAAGAAUUUCUUCUAAAGAAUUCAAGUAUCUGAACAAGCAUCAUCUGAGAUUAUAACUUAUUUUCCUUACUACCUAAUAGUAAUAGUAAUUGUAUAAAACGGACUGGCUGAGGGAGAGUUAAAAUUAUGUUCAAUAAUUACUUUAACUUUAAUUUAUUUAUAGCUGUUGUAA